AUGGGGUCUCUCCUGACUCUUGCUCUGUUUUCUGCUUCAGGUAAUUUGUUCUUGGUGAGUCUGGCAUUGGCUGACCUGGUGGUGGCCUUGUACCCCUACCCACUGAUCCUGGUGGCCAUCUUCUAUGAUGGCUGGGCCCUGGGGGAGGUGCACUGCAAGGCCAGUGCUUUUGUGAUGGGCCUGAGCGUCAUUGGCUCUGUCUUUAACAUCACCGCCAUUGCCAUUAAUCACUACUGCUGUAUCUGCCACAGCGCGACCUACCACCGGAUCUGCGGACGCUGGCACACCCCCCUCUACAUCGGCCUCGUCUGGCUCCUCACCCUGGUGGCCAUAGUCCCCAACUUCUUUGUGGGGUCCCUGGAGUAUGACCCACGCAUCUACUCCUGCACCUUUAUCCAGACGGCCAGUGCCCAGUACGCAGCGGCAGUGGUGGUCGUCCACUUCCUCCUGCCCAUUGCCCUGGUGGCCUUCUGUUACCUGCGAAUCUGGGUGCUGGUGCUUCAGGUGCGCAGGAAGGCCAAGUCCGAGAGCAAAGUGCGCCUGAGGCCCAGCGACAGGCGGAGCUUCCUAACCAUGUUCGCCAUCUGCUGGGCCCCCCUUAACUGCAUUGGCCUGGCUGUGGCCAUCAACCCCGAAGGAAUGGCUCCCCAAGUCCCAGAGGGGCUCUUUGUCACCAGCUACUUCCUGGCUUAUUUCAACCGCGGCCUUAAUGCCAUUAUCUAUGGGCUCCUGAACCAGAACUUCCGCAGGGAGUACAAGAGGAUUCUCCACGUCUGGAACCCGCGGCGCUGUGUGCAGGGUGGUUCCAAGGGCAGCCACGCCGAGGGUUUACAGAGCCAGGUUCCACCUAGGGUUCAUGAUUGGCACCUGGUCCCGGCAGAUGCGCUCUAG